AGCGUCUUAUUCUGCGUGUUUUCGAUAUUGUAUCGUGCAAAUGGUGGCUUCGACGAUGUUUUGUUCAAUGUUUCUUAAACAUUAAUCGGUCAUACCAUCAGUUGCGCAUAAUAAGUAGGAAGAUAGCGUUUGUCGCUUGAUUCUGUACUUGUAGAAACUUACUGCCGACAUGGUAAAGCUUCAGAAGAAAUUUUUUGCGGGUGACAAAGUCUUUGCGAAAGUUCGAGGUUAUCCACCGUGGCCAGCUAAAGUUGAAAAAGUGAUUGAGCCAAAUUCAAAGAAUACAAAAUACAGUGUUUACUUCUAUGGUACGGGGGAAACUGCUGUAUGUAAAGUGGAAGAACUGUAUACAUAUACAGAGAAUAAAGCAAAAUUUGGCAAGCCCAUUAGAAGAAAGUUUUUUCAUGAAGGCUUAAUACAGUUAGAACAAGAGCUUAAAAAUGACAGAAACAAAUCAGCAAAUCUGAGUGAUCUGAAAGAAGCUGGUAUCGGUGAUGGAACCAGAGCUGGUGAUACUGGACUAAAUUUACCUACGGUUAGCGCAGCCGACAGUGAUUUAGAAUCAGGAUCUCUGGUUAUUGAUGAGGAGGAGAAAAAGAAAUCUAUGAAAAGGAAAACUCUUUCUGCCACUAAUAACCCUGAUACACCCGAGGUAAAGAAACGGCGUGGGAAAGCAAAAUCUUUACCCACAUCUUCGAGCGACACGAAACACGAUACCGGUGCAGAAUCUCAAGGAGAGGAAUCGCCAAAAGAAGUUGUGAGUCGUAGUGGACGAAAAAUUAAACCAAAGCGGUUUGCUGAUUUCUCAAGUUCAGAGGAAACGGAUAAUACGACAGAAAAAAAUGUUCUUGUGCAUUUCAAUCAUAUUGUAGAACAUGGAAGAGGUCGUCCUAAAAUCAAGAUCGAAGAUGCCAGCGACCAAGCAACACCUAGCGCGAUGCACAAAAAGAGAGCUGCUAUGGAAAAAAAAAAUAAUUUAGGUGAAGCACCGAUAUUGGAAGGCACUGUAGUGUCUAGUACUUCAUCCUCAGAUACGGGGGGACGAUUUUUACUAGCAUUAACAUUCGCUGGUGAAUAUGUUGGAAUUAAGUUGGAUAUAGAUAAGCCAAAGUCUUUUGAAAGUGAAAAAGCUCGAGCACAAUGGGAAUGGUCUACGGCUAGAAAUGCUAUGAAAUUGAAGGGGCAAUUGGAAAGCGGCGAAAUUUUGCCAGAGCAAGUGAAAGAUUGUUUAGAUUUCAAUAUACAUGUUCCAGACGAUGAAAAGCGGUUGUUAGCAAAGGACGGCGCUCUUCAUCGCAAGACAAAUAAAUUAAGAUGGCUUCGUAUAGAAGCACAACUUUUACAACUGGAUGCACAAAUUAAAUCUAACCUUGGAUUGGAUCGAGCAAAUCCGGAUAAGUGUUUGCAAGCAAUGGACGAUAUGUUGUUGCUACCAAUCGAUCCGUUGAUGUUGAAAAAGCAUCCGCAUAUCGUGGAAACGGUCAAAAGGUUGCGGCGGUACAUCGGUAAUUUAGCUGACUGGAAAUUAAGCGAAGAAGAGGAGGCUAUUUUCAAACAAAAGGCAGAACAAAUUAGGCAAAAGGCUGAACAUAUAUACAACAAAUUUAAGGCUAUGUUUACCAUACCGGAAGGUCAGUCGUUUUGGCAAUCAUUUUCGGACCAAGUGGUCCAUUUCAAAGAGUUAACAAAGGAUAUGCCCGAAGAAAAAGUAUUUUCUCUAAUAUCUGAUCCUGCUUGUCCAGAAAAUAAACUUACAGAUACAGCCAUAUCAGAGGAUUCACCCGUGGAAGAAAGCGGCAAUCAACCGGAUACAGAUGCGCCAGUCGAAUCUAAAUUAGAAGUGCCUACAAGGAGUGUAACUCCAAAAGAGUCAGAGGCCAAGUAACAUAGUGAUCUUUUGUAUCUGAUAUUGUGAAAAAUUAUUAUUUUCUUUCGUACCAAUGUGGUACGUUACACGAUACGAGUGUCUUAAAGUUGAAGAAAACGGAAAAGAAAGCAAAAAACUAAUUCGUUUUUUCACACUUGGAUAAAUUCUGAUGUUACGUUUUAUUCGAUGGGACUUCUGAUACAUUUUCCUUGCAAUAUUUGUAACUAAGAAGCUCGUGAGACAAACGAUAAGUCUUUACUCUGUUGUCAAGCAUGUUAAGAAAGAUGAUCAGUUAAUUAUAGCGCACCUAGAAUUUAAAUUAGAUACCAUAAUUCUUUCCUUUAUUCAGUAUCGCGUUUCUUUUACGGUCGCAAUUCCUUCCUCGUCGUGAGGCACCACCGAAGCAGAAAGAUAAGUACGAACACCAUAUAGAUGUCUUCGUUGUUUUAACGCAAAAUUUGCCUAUUUCAUUAAUCACAGAUACCAAUGUAUAUAUUUAUAAAUAUAAGAGAAAAAAAAAGGAAAACUGCAAUACUCUAUAUACAAAGAUCAAAGGUGCGAUGUGGGGUAGACGCGAUAAACGGCAAGCUCUAUUAUUUUAGAACAGCGAUAUCCAAACAAUGUUAUUGGAAUUAAUAAGCCGUUAUUUUGAUCGUAAGUGUUUUCAUCGCACUUUGAAGGCAUAAUUAGAAUGAAUUGAUUCGAAAAGAAACAUUUGAAAAAAUUAGGCCUUUUAUUGUUUAUAUUUGCGUAAAAAGAUUAAAUUUUUAUCGCGUUCGCGUAAGAUAUCGCUAUCACAACAUUGUACAAAUUAGAAAAGUAAUGAUUUUUAAUUGAAUUUCGGCUAAAGAAUAUUAUUAAAGACUUAUCGAUAGGUUUUUAUGUCAUUCAAAGAGAGUAUUGUGAGGACAAAAACGUGUCCUGCAUAGAUCUCUUAAAAGAACACAAAUCACAGCGUAAUUUAUAAAUUACACUUUUAUAUGGGCAACAAAAGUUUAAACAAGCCGCAUAUUUAUUUAGAUUCCGUAUCUCCUCAUGGUGUAAGGCACAAUAAUCAUCUAUUUCUGUUAACCGAUGCUUUUUAAGGCGGUCUAUGCUUAAGUUAAGCACGACAUAUACGACAUAAACGAUAUAAAUGUACUUUUGUAAACACUUGUCGCAGAAAUAACACUGUAAAAGGUGAUGUUGUUAAUAAAAACAAAUUGCUCUAUA